AUGGCGAAUCAACACCCAUCGUACGAUCCUCUCGAUCCGCUGAUGCGCCCUUACCCAGAAGGUCACUUCUACGCCACCACAUCUCAACAGACUCUCUCGCCGCCAAUGUCCACAACCAGCGUUGCUGCAUCAUCGCCAGCCACCAGUAUGUCACAAGAGGACGCCAUCUCCGCGCGCUUCCUGAUUGCAGUUGUUCGGAGCGACACUAGGGCCAUGCAACAAGAGUUCCACCAGAUGUUGUCGGUUGCACAGAGCCGAAACCAAGACUGUCUAUUUCUGAAACAGUUACAGAAGCAGGAGGUUGAGGCGAAUCACGGCGAAAUGGAUUGGAUGCGCAAGCGAAUCCAGGACUUGGAGGCUGAGGUAAGGCGCAUAGAAGGGAGGUCAGGUGGAUGA